CGCGACAUAGAGUAUACCGGAACCACUGAAACUACGUACGACGUGAGAGGGCGAGAAGUCCUCUAAAAUCCAGCGAUUCAUUUGUUGUGGAUAGAUUUAAGAAUUCAGGUGGGCCAAACAGGAUUGCAUUAAAUGAUUUUUUUUAAAUUUGAAUACAUGUGUAAUAUUAAUUAUAACAAAGCGAUGCUGCAGCUUAAUUUUUUUUUUGGUUGAGAUUUACAGACGAACAAUGGCAUUGAAUUGUAUACAACCCGGUGUACGUGACUACUUUACAAUCACCACGACUUCUAUUCUCGACUGAAGUCCAAUCAAUGUGAAUCAAUGUCAAUGAUUUGUUUAUUUAUAUAGCCUAAACUAAUGAUUUAAAUAAGGAAGUAGUUAAAUGGGUACAUGACCGUAGAUUAGGUCCUGUUAAUAUUAAAUUUGUGCUUUCUUAACUCUAAAAAAAAAACAAUUCACAAUUUGUCAUGACUGUCCUUGGGCCUUGUUCUUGUUAUUUUAAAUUAAAAUUUAAAAAAAUUAGGCUAAUAGUGUAAAUCUAAUUCUAAAUCUAGGCCUAAAUCAAAUUUCUGACUAGUGUAACCAAGCCCUAAGCCUGCCUACUUGCUCUUUACUUAAUAAGACUUAACUCUUUAUUUGGUAAUCUACCACUUGAGCAUCGGCCAAGAAAAAAUCCAGCUGUUCUGGUUGGAAGGGCUAUUUUAAUGUUUGAAAAUGGAAUUAUGCAUAGUUCCCCCACAAGGCGACAAUGAAGUUUUAAAAAAUAUAAGUUCCACGAAAUCGGUUGUGGUACAUGAAUUCACGUAUAUAUGAAGGGGAAAGAAUCACGGCUUGUGCCAAACUGUCUUUUCAGUUUACGCUUUUUGAGCAUCCACGUUUUCCACAUUCUGUGUGUGAAAAUCCGUGUCAUCUUGAUUAAAAAAAAUAAUAAUUUUGUUAAUGCACCAUCUUAGAUGCUGAAUAAGGGAUCUGACAAAUUCAGCAGUUGUGUGGACAGCCCCCAUUCUUCAUUUCGUAUCUGAUCUGUAUCAAACAUUUCGGACAUCGGCACUUUUGUAGUCUCUUUUUCUUCCUGGCAUAUCGGUAGCUUGGCAGUAAUAAUUAUUUAAAUGUAUUAUUAUUGUGCUAUAUAACUUAAUAGCCUAAAGGGAAGCAAAAAUAUUAACGAACUCCAAUGUAAGAAUAGUUGUUUAAAUAGCCCUUGCAAACGAAACAACUUGAUUUUUUCUUGGCCGACGCUCAAGUGGUAGAUUACCCUUUAUUUUAUUAUGGUUCCAUCCCAUGCCCAUACUGGCCAUACUAUAAUAAUACUAUUUAAUGAUAAUGGCAUUCACUGAAUGAUUAAGCUAUGUAAAAUAUAAACAGACUUUGGGUACCGAUGCAGUCAGCAGGGGCAGGAUGUGGGUGACACCUUGAUUCACUUAGUACUUAGUCACCACUCGUCCAUCCUCACCUUACUUUUGACCUCUUGCUAAGUAUAAGUAUAGUCAGAGUAUGGUUUGAUUUUGGGUAAGCGGUAAGGCUGACGAUGUGUUCCACGGCCACGGUUUAUAGAUCACGGAGGUUCGUCCACUUCCGUUUACAGCGCUGUACUAAAAAGAUUUUGAUGUUUGUAUUCACAUAAUGCACGUUAUUGUUUUCUUAUUUAUUUUUUUUUAAAUUGGGGAGGGGUCCAGAGGAUUUCUUUGUUUCUUAUUUUGGUAUUUAAAGUGGGGGAAGGGGAUCUCCUUCCCCAUCCCUCAAAAGAUCAUUCCAAAUGCAAUGAAAGCAGCAGUCUCCCUUUUGUUACCGAAGGUUCAACAUACAGGUAUUUUGAUUUUCAACGAAUGACUAAUCAAAAUACAGCACUUUUGGCGCAUCUUUUUUUCCACCUGUGUUGGGUCUGGGGGUAUCAGCAAGGAUGUUUUUAUUUUUUCCUUUCUUUUGAAACGUGUGAAUUUCAAUACAAAUUAAUGCAAAGUUUCAUUAUAAUAAUAAUAUACUCAUAUUAAUCAUAUCACUUAUGACGCAAGUAAAGAACAGGAGUGUUAUCACACACCUCGUUCAAGACCUACAAUUAAUUGGUCUAUUCAACUGAAGUCCAGUGUUGAGAUUCCCCAAAGUGAAAGUGACAUCACUGUGCUUAGGGUGAGACAACUCUCAGCAAAACCCUUACCGUUACCCCAAAAUUUACAGUAGAGUACAAUAUAAAUAUUGAAGUGUCUACAUGUCCGGCGCGCCGGACAAAUAGUACGCGAGAUAUACGCCCGGCGGCAUGUCACGUGACCGCCGAACGGCUAGUAGUUGUUAUUAUUCCGAAAUACAAUUUGGGAGAUGUUGUGUGGUCUUGUGGUAGAGUGGUCGCUUGGCGUUAUUAUGAUUUGAGGAUCAAUACCUGGUGCAGGAUCUUUUUUUUCCCCCAUUUUAAUUAAAAAUAUUUUAUACUAUAUUUAUAUUAUCAUGUUCGUUCAUCAGCAACAGUAGUUUCUUGAGAAAUUUUAAAAUAUUUUGUAGCAAUUUAAACAAUUUAAAAUGAAAUCUUUUACUUUUAUUGGUGCUCCUACUCUAAACUGGCCCCUAAUUUAUUUUAUGGAUUACUGAUACACAAACUCAAAUAAAUAACAAACUAAACAAAAAUGUUUACAAGCCACUUUCACUUCAGUUUUUUUCUACUAUUUGCAUUCAAGAUACUCAGUACAUUACUUGGUAGAGAAAUAGAUUUUAAAAUUAACUAUAGUUUUGAAUCAUUCGCAGUCACGUGACAAGGCUGACCAACGAGACAUCUCUCGCCACUUUGUUACGGCGGUCAUGUGACUUAGUCGCCGGACAAAGAUAUGCGGGAGAUAUACGUCCGGCGCGCCGGACGUGUAGGCACUGCCUAUAAAUAUUAGUAUACUGACUAUAUUAUUGUCUAUAUUAUUAGCCUAAUAAUAAUAAUAGUUUUAUAAUAGUAGGAUUAAUCCAUAUAACUUAUAAAUAAUGAUUCAUUAUAUAAUAAAUAUGGGCCUACCAAAUUUUUAUUUUAUUAGUUCUCUUUCUUUCAUUAUAUUUUGUUUUAAAUUUAUGUAAUUAGAAGUGUACCGGUACUGAAUAAUAAGACUUAAGUCACUUGUUAAAGUGUUGGCUUAUUUCCAAUAGUAAGAAUUGGCUAUUUAAAAGUAUUUAGCUUUAUGUCUUCCAUUGUUGAUUGAUGGUUUUUGAAAGUGGUACAUGUUCAUAAAUUUCUAUGUAUGGCUGAACUGGGCUGCCAUUUUCUUUCCCUUUUGGUACUAGGUCAAGGCAUUUAUUUAUAUUGAGGAAUAUUCAUAUCAUCAUCUUAGACAUCUGUUAGUUCCGAUUCCUUCACUUAUUAAAUGUGUGUUAUCAUCAUUAUUCAGAUCUAGUGUCCAUUUGAGCAUGUGCCCUUCGGCCUAAAUGUGUGUUAAAUCGGAGCUCAGCAACCUUUUUUCCCCAUGGGCCACAUCCCCAGCAUACCUCAAGUAAAAUUAAAACCAUGCAAAAAAUAUUCUUAACAUAACAUAGUUAACAUUCAUAAAGGCGUUUAAUGCUAAAAGGUAUAAUGUUCCAGUGUAUUGCUCUCUGUUAAUUGUCUGUAUUUGACAUUUUCUGUCAACCCAGAGUUUGACAGCUUGUAUUACUUGUAAACACUGUCUCCUUUGCCUUUGUAGCAGUACAGUUUAUAGAUGUAAUUACAUAUACCUUCUGCUUUUCCUCCUCUUGGGAGAAUUUUUGCACCUGGCAUCAACUCACAGUACACCUGUUCCAGAGCCCUGAAUUAAAUUAAAUUACAUUGGCAUGUUGUUGAAUGAAUUAGCUGCAUGAGAGCCACCUUCUGAUUCCCCUGUCAGUUAUCAAUUGAGUGGAACAGGUGAACUUAACCGGCAAAAUAUCACUAUGGCCUGUUCGUUCAGUGGAAAAAAAAAAAGAUCAAAUUUAUCAUUUAGAAUAACUGAAAAUGCUGUAAUUCAAAGUAAAACAAAAACAUGAAUGCUGAAUUCGAAGUGCUAGUCAUCUUUACAGAAAACAUAGCUUUUGUGAAAAAGUGUUCUUAUUAUACCAGGACUCGGUUCUUUUCAUUGACAGGAUCCAGGUAUUUCCGGGUGUGUGAUACUCAGAAUUUCUUAGUGAACACCAGAUCAGCUCUCAUUCAUUGUUCUAUGAACUGGGAGCAAUAUUCUAUAAAAUGUUUUAAUUACCAAGUACAUGUUUCUUUCCAUUUUUUAGCAUGAGCAACCAUUUACUUCGCGCAGGCCUUCGAGCUGCAGUUGUUCCCCAGCGUAUGAUUAGCUCAUCUGCUGUUUAUUCCAAGAAUAUAGUUUUAGAUCAAAAACUUAGAGAUGAAAUUCAUCCAAAAAUAGGUAGGCACUUGUUUUUACAUGCAUAAAAUGUUCCUGUUUUAUACUUUUUCUUUUGACUAAUAAAAAUCUUAAGCUAUCAGAUUUUAUUAAGGGCUCUUCCAGAAAUUGCUGAAGUCAACUAUUUUGUAUUAAUUAUUUUUGACUACAAAUAGUAUUUCUUUGGUCUCAAAAGGAUAUUUAAUUUUACCAUUUUGUAAACAUCAGAUAUUUUCAAAUAAUUAUUGGUUUCAGCACAAAUAAUAUUCUUCUAAGAUUUCCUUAUUCCAAAAAAGUUAAACUAUGAAAUGAAAAACAUCAAAGCCUUCAUCAAACAGAUAUAUUUCAUUCAAAUGAAAUCAUUAUGUUUAAUCCUUAAUGUGAGGAGCAGUAUUUUGUUCAACUUAAGAUGUGAGUUUUAAAUAAAUCUUCGCUCAAAGUUAUUACACCAGAUGAAGGUUCUUGGAUUUAUAUCUAUUUUUGUCAGGUAUCAAUCCCAAAAACCUCAGAACAAAAUAUAUCAUUCUUUAGAGCUCUUGUAUGUAUGCAUUUUAAAUUUUAAGUUUAAGAACUAAAAGAAGGAUGAAUAUUUUAUUUGGUCAAGUCAUUAUAAAUUAAAUGUUGCAUGAUUUUACUGUUUCUUUACAUUGGCUGAUUCUUUAGUUACUUUUUUUUAUUUAUGUCAGGUAACAGAGAAAUUGUUGGGUUUGGUAUCAAUGGCAUGGCAACAUAUGUGGACAGGUGUGAAUUUCCUUGCCCAGCAAUCAGAUUUAAGGAGGACACUCCAGAUGUUAUAAAACUCAGAGAGUUAGAGAAAGGAGACUGGAAAAAACUGAAAUUGGAGGAUAAAAAAGCAUGUCAGUAUACGAAGGACACAACCCCCCCUCCCCCUAUUUACUUUAUCUAAUUGUUUUAAUAUACAUUAGAGAGUUAACUAAUAUUGAUAAGUCCAUUACUCGAGGUUGAUGUGAACUUUUAUAAGUAUUUUUAUCUGUUUGUACUGUCCAGUAUACAGAGCCAGCUUUUGCCAAACUUUCAGCGAGAUCAAUGCCCCCACUGGAGACUGGAAAAGUUUGGUUUCUACAGUUAUUUUCGGUCUUGCAGCUACAGGCUGGAUUAUGUUUUUCGUAAGGAAAUUUGGUGAGCACGUCAUGAAUAUUAUUAAAUGUGUUGCUUUGAAAUAAAUAAUUAGACAUGUUAAAUAGUAAGAUGUACAGAGUAGAACUAUAGGCUUAAUAUAUAGAUGUGAUGAGUUAUAAAAUAUCAAAAUAUAGCAUAUCAUCCUUUUGAAAAUUUCUCUUUGGUUUGGAAAUAUUUUAAAUUAAUUUCUCUUUUGUUUUUGGGUUCAAUCGUGCAUAGUUUUAAAAAAAUUAUGCUUCUCAUGUUUUGCAUGUAAAUAUCCUUGCAUUAUUUUAUUGUACAAAGUAUUGUACGGUUUUAAUUAAAUUUUAAAAUUAUUUUCCAGUGUACCCACCACCAGCCAAAUCACUUACCAUUGAGUGGCAAGAAGCUUCACUCCAGAGAAUGUUGGACCAAGGACAGGGAAUUGUUUCAGGUGUCUCCUCUAAAUGGGAUUACGAUAAGCUAGAGUGGAAGAAAUAAACCACUUGUUCUUACAGACUAAAAUGGGUGAUAUGUCAACCAAGUGUCACAUUCAACAGUUUCUGAAUAUUACAAUUGCUGGAGGUUUUCAGUGUUUUGUUUUUUUCUAUUUAUUUAUGACAAAGAGUAGUAGUUGCUGUUAACUGAUGCAUGGGAAAUUAGAGUGAUUUUUCUUGUUGGUGGUCAUGUUUUAGACCUUCAGUUAUCUUUUGAAUAAGAUGUAGUUUUAAAAAAAAACUAGCUAAUCAAUCAUCUUGUUAUUUCAGCAAAUUAAACAUAUCCUUUUUUCCAAUCCGUUUUAAUUUUUGAACGGGAAGUCUUAGCAUUAUGUGUCAGGUUUAUUAUUUCUAUGUGAUUGCAUAGAGCCACAUAGGUUUUUGUUUGACUAUCACAAUAAGUUCAUCACUUAAUUUUUACCAGCCUCAGCUUAAAGUAAAAUUGGCAUCUUCUAAACAUUUCCCACAACUCAAAAGUAAUGGGUCCUACUUACAGUUUACAGUUAAUGUUGAAUAAUGUGCUUUCAUAGGGUUGACAGGUGAUAACUAUGCACUCAAGACAUUUGGUGGGACAUUUCAUUAUCAAAAAUGCCAUUACUAGUAAUACUAGUGAAUUUAAAUAAAUAAACUUUGUGUUAACAAAAUUA